GAGUCACCUCCUUUCCUUUCUCUCUCUGUGUCUCCCUCACACUCCCCCUUCCAUCUAUUUCUCUCUCUUCCUCUCCACCACAUCACACAAAGCAACACAUACUCAAAAACACAAACACAAAUCCAACGGCUCAAUCUAAUACACACGACCUUGCAUUGAGUUGCCCAUAUGUUAUUACUUGCUCUCUCACCACCACCUUUUGCUCAUCAAAACCCCCCCAAAGCACAACUAUACAAGCCUUCCGACUUACACCUUUGCAUUUCUUUUCUCUUCCCCUCAUCUCUCCUCCAUCCUUCUCGCUUUGCCACCACUCUUCUUCACCUGCAGGACGAUGGUUCAAUGUAGAAGGCAACUGAUUCUACUUCUCUGGCUCUUGGUAAUGUUCACUAUCAUUGUUUGCCACUGCCAUGGUUCAAGAACCACCAACGUUUUCAAAAUCAAGCCAAAAUCUCAGUACACAGGCCACUUCCUGGGGUUCUUGCCCAGACAUUUUCCCAUACCAGCUUCGGGUCCUUCAAGGAAACACAAUGACCUUGGCUUACAAAGCUGGAGAUCACCAUGAAGAUCACAGCAGAGAAUUAUUCCUAAUAAUAGAAAGAAAGGUGAUCAUGACUUUUGUUUUUUCUCUCUCUUUUUUUGGUUCUUUUAAUUUCCUUUUCAUUUUUCUUAUCGAAAUGAAUGAGGAGUUGGUGGCUACUGUAUAUGGAGUUGUUGGGUUAAUCAUUUUUGGAGGCUUGGGUGACCUUGUUUGUCAAAAGGAAAUUGUAAGUUUCUCCUUUGAUGCUCAAGGGAGGAAUAGUUGGUUUAAUCUAAAUUUUUUUUUCGAGUGUGCAUCAGAUGUAGAAAAAAAAAAAAGAAAAACUAAUAGCAUGGCAGUAGUUCUAAUUGCUGGAUUUUUUUGGUUUAUUUCUCCUCUUUGUUUGUAUGAGGAGAAAAUCUUGUGUAUAAGGAAGAUAUAAUUAUCAAUACAUGCAAAAAUUUCAGUUAUAUA